GCAAGCCCGAAACAAACCCAAGCUGCAACGCCCCUCAAACCUGGAACAAAAUGCCCAAUGACAAAGCCCAAAUAACCGACCUCCUCCACCGCUACGGCGCGGUCCUCUCCACACACUCCAUCCCGGAACUCCUCUCCAUCUACACAACCGACGGCGUAAUAAUGGCGCCGGGCUACACCCCUGCUGCAGGCCAAGACGCCCUCAAAGCGGCCUACGAGCGCAUCUUCUCGACCAUAAGGCUGGAUAUCGAGUUCAGCAUCGAUGAGAUAGUGGUUACGGGAGAGGGGUGGGCAUUCGCGAGGACGACAGCUGAGGGAACAAAGUUCUGGCUGAAGGGGAAGCUUGAGGGAACGCAUGAGGAGCAUAGGAAUCAGGAGCUGUUUGUGCUGAGGAAGGAGAAGAGGGAAGGAGAUGAGGCGUGGAGGGUUGCGAGGUAUGCGUUUUCGAGUAUGAAGCCUGUUUUGUAAAGCACUUUGAGGUGUGAAGGUACAUGGGACCUCUACACUGUGACUACCGCCGUCAUCCUAUUGCUGUUUGUUGCGGUGCAAUUCGGUCUCAUAGGCCUUGAUCGUCACCUCAGUUGACUACCUUGGACUAGCGCGUCUCAGGGCAUGUAUAUAUGGUCGUCUCCUAGCUAG